CGCGGGCUCCUCCGAGUCGCCAGAAGCGCAGGGAAGGGGAGUCGCUGCGGUUUCCUGCUUCAACAGUGCUUGAACGGAACCCGCUGCUCGAUUCCCGGCCGGAGCCGCCCUUAGCCACCUCUCCACCUUCACCUCCACUAACCAACACUUCUCCGUCCUACCGUUCGAGCAGCAGCCGUCCGCCUCAGCCGCCCCGGCCGUCGCCGCCGCCGCCGCCCCAGCCUCAGCCGCAGCCGCUGCGCAGCCGCCUCCUCCCUCCGCCUCCUCGUCUAAGCCGCCUCCACCAUCUCCGCCGCCAUGACGACCUCGUCUCCCUCUCAGGUGCGACAGAACUACCACCAGGACUCUGAGGCCGCCAUCAACCGGCAGAUCAACCUGGAGCUUUACGCCUCCUACGUCUACCUGUCUAUGUCUUACUACUUCGACCGAGAUGACGUGGCCCUGAAGAACUUUGCCAAGUAUUUCCUGCACCAGUCCCACGAGGAGCGGGAGCACGCUGAGAAGCUGAUGAAGCUGCAGAACCAACGCGGUGGCCGCAUCUUCCUGCAGGACAUCAAGAAACCAGACCGCGAUGACUGGGAGAGCGGACUGAACGCAAUGGAGUGUGCUCUGCACUUGGAAAAAAAUGUCAAUCAGUCUUUACUGGAAUUGCACAAGCUGGCAACUGACAAAAAUGACCCCCAUUUAUGUGAUUUCAUCGAAACCCACUACCUGGACGAACAGGUAAAGUCCAUCAAACAACUGGGUGAUCACGUAACCAACCUGCGCAAAAUGGGGGCCCCCGAUUCUGGCAUGGCGGAAUAUCUUUUUGACAAGCACACCCUUGGAGACAGUGACAACGAGAGCUAAGCCACACACCUGGCUUCCCCCACACCUGGGAACUGUGGGCGCCACUCCUCCUGUCUUUCAGUGCAUGCAUAUUUUGGUUAUCUGACCUUUUCAUAAUCUGUACCAAAAAACUACCACCAUUUACAUCCCAAUAAAGUGACUUGGUACUGAUGAAAAA